UAAAUCAGUGCAAAAAGUAGCUUCCAGCAGUGAGGUCUAUAUUAAAAAAGCAAAAAAGCAAAAAGCUAAUUUAGUUUAAACGUUUUUUUCGAGCUGUGAGUUUUAUUUCAAAAUGCCGAGACUUUUCCUAAGCAAAGAGGAGCGCUUGCAAAAGCGCAGUGAAGCCCUUGCCUAUGAUAUAGACGAGAUGGAAGCAAUGCUAAAACCUGAUGAAGACAACACUGCUGCUGCUGCUAAGCCGAUUGAGAGUGACGCCAAUAAAGAAAAUAAAUCGCAGCUCACCUUCCACUAUGGCAACCGUUCGCCGAGCGACGACUGGCUCAAGAGCGACGACAUACCCAUCGUGGUGCGUCGCCAGUGGGAGGAGCGCAACGGACGCCAGCUGAUGGACCUGCAGCCGGAGGACGCCAACGAGAGCGAAGAGUUCAGCCACACCGUCUGGGAGCUGGAAAAGCCGGGCCAGAGCCAAGAGCCAGGCAAGAAGAAAAACGGCGCCAAAAUCGGCUACAUCAAGGUGACCAAGGACGGCAAGCGCGUCUUUCUCAAGGACAAGCAGGGUGCCAAGCAGGUCGCACAGCAGCCUUCGGCCAACGCCGAUGCACCGCAAACCAAAACAGUUACACGACGCACCAAGCAGAAGGGAGAGCAGUUUCCGUGCACCGAAUGCGACAAAGUCUUCAACCACUCGUGGAUGCUGGUGGCCCACCAGCGCACACACACGGGCGAGCGUCCAUACGUCUGCCCAGAGCCAAAGUGCCUGAAAUCAUUCGCCGAUCGCUCGAAUCUGCGCUCGCAUCAGCGCACCAAGGGCCAUCACACCUGGGACCAUCAGUGCGGCCAGUGUGGCAAGUAUUUCAAUCAGGAGAACUUCCUCAAGCGUCACACACUGGACGCCUGUCGCAAGUAUCUGUUGAACAUAACACACAAGAAGACAUAAAGGAGGGGGCAUAGAAAAUAAAGGGGGAAAUACAAAAUAAAGGGGGAAUUAGAAUUAUAAAGGGAAUUUUAUUGCGCAGCAAUUUGCGGAAUUUUUAGAAACAUUUUACCCUGUACACGUUAUACAUAAAUG